GGGCAAGAAUGUCAUUAAUCACUGUUUAUUAUCGCGGUUUGACUUAUCAACGUAUAAUUUAUAGAGAUGGUUAUAAUAUUUGGGAAUUGAUGUGUAGGUUUAUAUUUAAGGUUUUUAGAAUAGAAGUGGGCCAGGGCUUUACGCAAUUUAGCGUCUGCGGAUUGUGGCUGCGGAUUUUUAGGAUUUAUGCGCAAUUUUUCGGUAUAUUGAGGAGAUAUAUUGAGGAGAUCUUGCCCCCUGGCAUUCCAAAUUUUUCAAAAUUUUCGCCUGCAGCGCUAAUGUGA